AUGAAGGGAGAAGGGGUAAAUUUGGUAGCAAUAUGCCUGGUGGUGGCGCUAGGGCUGAGCUUGUACGUGGGGCGGAUGCAGGCGGCGGUUACAUUGCCGGCGGAGGGGAAGCAGUUGAAGAGGCAGUUCUACAAGAAGAUGAACACGUGUGUCAACGCGGAGGCGUUCGUGAAGCAUCAAGUGCAGUUGUGGUGGGCUAAAGACAAGUCCAUCACCGCCAAGCUACUUAAGUUGCUCUACGCCGAUUGUUUGGUCAAUGGAUGUGACGCAUCAAUUCUACUAGAGGGGCCCGGCACGGAAAAAAAGGCACCACAGAAUCGACGGUUAGAUGGGUUCGCAUUGAUUGACAACAUCAAGAGAACCGUUGAAUCACGGUGCCCUUUAGUUGUCUCUUGUGCUGACAUUCUUAAUCUUGCUGUUCGUGAUGCCCUUCACUUGGCAGGUGCACCAUCAUACCCAGUGUUGCUGGGUAGAAGAGACGGAAAAGACUCGAGAGCAACAUGGGUGGAUCUUCCUCCGCCGUCGAUUUCUUGGGAAAAGGGCGUUGACUACUUCAAAUCCAAGGGCUUAGAUGAACAGGAUUACGCUACACUCCUAGGAGCGCACACGAUGGGAAAAGCACACUGCUCAUCGAUUUACGACCGCCUCUACAACUGGGGAAACACGAAGAAACCAGAUCCGAGCAUGAGCAAGGCCUUAUUGGAAAAACUGAGGAAACAAUGUCCGAAAGUAGUGGUACCGAAGAAGGAUCCGACAGUAUUCUUAACCGAAAAAAACGGAGAACAGUACAGAUUCACGAACAACUACUACUCCAACGUGCUGACUCAAGAUUCGGUUCUUAGGGCCGACCAAGAGUUACUGUAUGGAUACAAUACAUCGCAGUUGGUGCUAGAAUACGCCGGCAGUUUCGAGCAGUUGAGGCGGCAGUUCUCAUUGUCGAUUAGCCGAUUGGGCGGUCUCAAAGUCUUGACCGGUACCGAUGGGGAGAUUCGCGAGAGCUGUCGUUUCAGAAACGCCACUGAAAUACUACACUAAAUAAAUACGUACACUGGGCGCCGGGGGAAUAUCCGUUAUUCUAUUCGCACGUACUAAUUAAUCAUAUGAACAUAAUGCGUGUGUAUUUUUUUUUUGUGCGAGUGAAUAGUACUGGAUUAUAUAAAUUAAAGGAAAUAUUACAUUGA